AUGAAAGGUGCAAUUUGUGCCUUAAUAUUCUUCAUUGUGAACUACUGCCAUGGAUACAACAUAUUGGUGAUGAUGCCUUUCCCAAUGUAUAGUCACACCAAAUCAUACUUGCCACUAUUUAUCGAAUUAGCAAAACGAGGACAUAAUGUAACAAUGGUCAGUCAAUUUCCAUUAAAAGAACCUGUUCCAAAUUUCAAUGAAAUUGUCAUAGAGGACACUAAAACAGAAAUGAAAGGAGGCAAGUUUGAUCCAAGAGAGAUGGAAUGGUUUUUGGUUAGAGUGUUUGGUCCUAGACUGUUUUGUAAAUUUAUGCUUGAUAAAGUAUUUGAUUCUAAAGUCUUAAAAGCAUUUCUGAAUGACAGGGAUUCCAAAUUUGAUAUGGUCAUUACUGAGACUUUUUUUUGCCAGGAACCAUUUAUAGCUCUAGGGCACAAAUAUGGGGCUAUUCAGGUUUCUGUCCAAACAAUUAAUUUAUUUAUGGGCUUAUCUCGCUUAACUGGAAACCCACACAAUCCAGCUUAUGUGCCCUCUCCCGUCUUUCCAUCUUCACAUCACAUGAAUUUUUGGGAAAGAUCAAAAAGUACAAUAGCUAACCUUAUAGAUUAUCUUAUAUCCCAUGCAGGAUGGAUAUAUUUGGACUAUUAUAUGAGACAAAAAUUUGCACCAUACCCAGGAUUUGAAAAUUUGCCGCCAAUGAUAGAUAUGUUUAAGAAUCUAUCUCUUAUUCUAGUUGAUAAUCAUAAGGCAAUAACUUACCCCCGUCCAUAUCUUCCAAACAUAGUAGAGAUUGGUGGAUUGACAAUUAAAGGAGGAGAUAAGCUUAAUGAAGAAUGGGAAAAAUAUUUGAAUGAAUCUGUGGAUGGAUUAAUAUACUUCAGCUGGGGCUCUCAUUACAAAACAGAAAAUAUGAGGCCUCACGAACUCGCUGCUUUCAUGUCAGCAUUCGGAAAGCUAAAACAAAGAGUACUGAUGAAAGCAGAUGAAGAUACACUGCCGGGGAAACCUGAUAAUGUAAAGCUGGCCAAGUGGGUACCACAAGCUAGUAUAUUAGGUCAUCCCAAUGUCUGUGCUUUUAUCAGUCAUGGAGGACUUCAUGGAGUUUUGGAAGGGACCUAUCAUGGUGUUCCAAUCAUAGGAACUCCUCUGUUUGCUGAUCAAAAGAGCAAUAUUAAAUUUUGUGAAGAGGCUGGUUAUUGCAUAUAUAUUGAUCUUAAAACUGUCACUGAAGGAGUCCUUUUGGAUGCUAUUAACAAGAUACUAACAGAUUCAUAUUAUAAAGAAAAUGCCCUUAUAAGGAGUAAAAUCAUAAAAGAUAAUCCCAUGAGCGUCAUGGAUAAUGCAGUCUACUGGGUGGAGUACGUUCUUCGGCACAGGGGAGCUCCUCACCUGAGAUCUGCGGCUGUAGAACUGUCUUGGUACCAAUAUCUGCUCCUUGAUGUCCUUAUAGUUUGGGGAGCAGUUUUAGCUCUGGCUGUAUUAUUAUUAAGGAAAAGUAUUAAAUGUAUAUGUAGAGCAAGGAAAUCAAAAAGUAAAAAAGACUGA